AUGGGUGUAGCCCAGUCGUCGCUGCGCGCCCAAGGCGACUUGCGCCGCGUACUCCGGGACUGGGACGUCCUCGAUGUCCAUGUGGUUCUGAAGAAAUACCGCCACAUGACCCUGCGCUACUGCGUGACCAUGGAGCAGCUCGGCUUUGUCCUCGGGCGUGCGCUCCCCGAUCCGUUCGUUUCGCUCUGCUUCCGCGUCUUCGCGCCCGCCAAGGUCCGCGCGUCGCCCGCCGUGCCCGUCGUCGACAUGAUGGAGAUCUUUGUGUGCUUGAUCCUGCUCUGCCAGGCCACGAUGGCGCAGCGGGUGGCCUGUACGUCCACUGCUCCGUAUCGGAGCUAAAGACUCUUGAUAGUCUUGUUCGACGUCGUCGACACCCAGAGCACGGGUCGACUCUCGCCGCCCAGCCUCUCUUUGCGUAUGGAAAUGAAUUCAAAAGCG